AUGUUUAAUGGGGUGAGCGAUGAUGCAAUAAGGUUGAGAUUGUUCCUUUUUUCACUAAGGGACAGGGAAAAAAGUUGGCUUAUUUCUCUGCAUGCCAACUCAAUUAAUACAUGGGAAGCGUUGGCUCAGAAGUUUCUCUCCAAGUUCUUUCCUCCUGCAAAAGCUGCCAAGUUGAGGGGAGAAAUCAACAACUUUUAUCAGAAUGAGAGAGAGUCAUUGUACGAUGCUUGGGAACGAUUCAAAGACUUUCUCAAGAAAUUCCCUCAUCACGGUAUUGAGAAGUGGAUGUUAGUCCACAACUUUUAUAACGGGUUGUGCGGUACUACUCGCACUAUAAUUGAUGCAGAGCAGGUUGCUUCAUUAACAAAGCAGUUGCAACAAAACAAGAUCUCAGCUCAAGCCCAGGCUAUACAGAUGCAAUCAGGGUGUGAAUUAUGUGGAGGGCCUAAUUUGUAUGAACAGUGUACAGCGGCCAACAUGUAUGGUAAUAUGCCAGUUGAUCAGGCUCAGGGUCAACAAUCACAGUUUCAAGGCCAAUACCGGCAGAAUAUGUCACAACAGCCUAUGAACCAAGCCUCAUCGUCACACCAGCCCAAGUCACAGAUUCAACCCGAAAAGCCCAAUGAAUUGCAAGCAGCUUUGUUGACUCUUACUAAUAUCCAGACUCAAUUCAUGACUGAGACCCGAUCUUCUAUUCGAAACCUUGAGACACAAGUGGGGCAGUUGGACAACAUGCUUAAUGACAGAUCGCAAGGGAAUUUGCCUAGCAAUACUGUAGUAAAUCCUAAGGAGAAUUGUCAGGCAAUUUCGUUGAGAAGUGGUAAGCAAGUGGAGCAGCCCAGUAUUCAACAGUUAGCAGUCCGUAAUAAGGAGUUGGGUGAGAAAUUAGAUACAAAUGAGAAAGGGGUUACUGAAGGCCACAAGAGACCAGAGAAGAGUUAUCCAGUUAUUGUUGACCAGCCAGUUCAUGUUCUAUAUCCUUAG